AUGAAAGCUGCGAUAAGAAGUGACAAUCCUGUGAUUCUGUUUGAACACGUUUUGCUCUAUAACCUCAAGGAGACUAUCCCGGACGAAGAAUACGUCUGUAAUCUUGAAGAAGCGGAAAUGGUCAGACCCGGUGAACACAUCACUAUCUUGACGUACUCAAGAAUGAGGUACCAUGUAAUGCAGGCUGCAAAGACGCUGGUGAACAAAGGGUACGAUCCUGAAGUGAUCGACAUAAGGUCGUUGAAGCCGUUUGAUCUCUACACUAUUGGGAACUCGGUGAAGAAGACGCACCGGGUUUUGAUUGUGGAGGAAUGUAUGAGAACAGGAAGGAUUAGAGCAAGCUUGACGGCAGCCAUAAACGAGAACUUUAAUGAUUACUUGGAUGCUCCGGUGAGGUGA